UGCAGCUCUGCAAGCUCUCUGCUCGUCUUUAGACUCAGCUUUGUAAAGGACAUCAAAGAGUAUUCCAGACUCUUCUCUGUGGACAUCACUUCAGGAUGAGGGGCACCGUGCUGUUGGGGACACUGGUUGCCCUGGCCAGCCUACAGCAGGUGGCUGUGUCUUUGAGGAUCGCAGCCUUCAACAUCCAGACUUUCGGGGAGACCAAGAUGUCCAAUGCCACCCUCUCUAGGUACAUUGUAGAGAUCCUGAGUCGCUAUGACAUCGCCCUUGUCCAGGAAGUCAGAGACACCCAUCUGGUAGCCAUGGGGAAGCUACUGGAUGAACUCAACCGGGACGCACCGGACACCUAUCGCUACGUGGUCAGUGAGCCACUGGGUCGCAGCAGCUACAAGGAGCAGUACCUCUUCUUGUACAGGCCUGACCAGGUGACCGUGCUGGACAGCUACCACUACGAUGACGGCUGUGAGCCCUGUGGGAAUGACACGUUUAGCCGAGAGCCAGUCAUUGUCAAGUUCUACUCCCCGUUCACAAGUGUCAGGGAGUUUGCCAUCGUGCCCCUACACUCAGCCCCCACUGACGCUGUAACAGAGAUCGACGCCCUCUAUGAUGUCUACUUGGACAUCCAGGAGAAGUGGGGCCUGGAGGACGUCAUGUUGAUGGGUGAUUUCAAUGCGGGCUGCAGCUAUGUGACGACCUCGCAGUGGUCCUCUAUCCGCCUGCGCACAAUCCCUGCCUUCCAGUGGCUGAUUCCUGACACUGCGGACACCACAGUCUCCUCCACGCACUGUGCCUAUGAUAGGAUCGUGGUUGCCGGGAAGCUGCUCCAGGAGGCCGUCGUUCCUGGCUCAGCUGCUCCCUUUGACUUCCAGACAGCAUACAAACUGAGCGUCCCACUUGCCAAAGCCAUCAGCGACCACUACCCCGUGCAGGUAACACUCCAGUGAGCAGCAUUGUCUUCCUCAGCACAUCUGGACAAAGACAUGUGGAUUAAGAAAUACCUCUUUAAUGGAGAUAAAUAAAGCAGUGGUGGUCUCACUA